AUUUGUCAAAUUCGAAUGACGUUUGUUUUAGUAAUUUCUGACAAUAUGAGUGAGUAUCCACUGAACACUGUGGUAGGCUAAUAUAACAACACUCUCCAAUAGCAUGUUACUUUUAAUUAUUUUUAAUCCUAAUUCCUAGUGAAAUUAGAAUGAUAUAUUAGUUGUAUAUGAUAGUAUUUCUAUAGAUAUGGCCAGAGUGCAGUACCAAUAACAUUAAAGUGAUAGCACUAUACGAACGCCCACAGUGCAGAGACAGCGACAGUGUGAACGGGGCUUCGGAGACACGGCAGCUGGCGACGCGAUAUUAUAUUGACGCGACGCGACGCGGGACUCGAUCUCGAUCCCGCCUGAACUUCCUCUCACUGACGUCAGGCUCGCCGCUCCGGACACCGCGGAGGAGAAAAUGCUGCUCUCCGUUCCUCCGAGGACGGGAUUCAACCCCUACAACGGGUACAACAGCAGAAACAGCAAAAAGCAAGCCUAUGUGUCCUCCAGCCACCAGAUGGCACUGUCCAGCCCCAACAGUAGCAGCGCAAGUAGUUUGGGAGGCGGGGAACAGCUGAGCAAAACAAACCUUUACAUCCGUGGACUCCAUCCUGGGACUACAGACCAAGACCUGGUCAAGCUCUGCCAACCGUAUGGAAAGAUUGUUUCCACCAAAGCUAUUCUUGACAAAACUACCAACAAAUGCAAAGGGUAUGGCUUUGUGGAUUUCGACAGUCCUCCAGCAGCGCAGAAGGCCGUGACGGCGCUCAAGGCCAGUGGGGUUCAAGCUCAGAUGGCCAAGCAACAGGAACAGGAUCCCACCAACCUGUACAUCUCUAACCUGCCCAUGUCCAUGGACGAGCAGGAGCUGGAGGCCAUGCUCAAAUCCUUCGGUCAGGUCAUUUCCACUCGCAUCUUACGGGACGCUAACGGAACCAGCAGAGGAGUCGGCUUCGCUAGGAUGGAAUCUACAGAGAAGUGUGAAGCCAUCAUUCAGCAUUUUAAUGGAAAAUAUAUCAAAACCCCACCAGGAGUGCCAGUACCUUCAGAACCGUUGUUAUGCAAGUUUGCUGACGGAGGACAAAAGAAGCGACAGAACCAGACAAAGUACCUACAGAACGGUCGACCCUGGCAUAGAGACGGCGAUACGGGAGGAAUGACGCUCACAUACGACCCAACAGCCUUACAGAACGGGUUUUAUUCUUCUCCGUACAGCAUCGCUCCAAACAGAAUGAUCGCUCAGACAUCUCUAUCUCCAUACAUGCAAUCACAAUUACCGUCCUACCAGAUGCACAGCCCGUCCUGGAUGCAUCAUCAGUCGUACCUCAUGCAGCCCGCAGGGACUGUUCUGACUCAAGCUAUGGAUCACCCGAUGUCCCUUCAGCCCACGUCUAUGAUGGGACCCCUGACCCAGCAGCUGGGUCACCUGUCUCUCGGCAGCACCGGCACGUAUAUUCCUAACACAGCUAUGCAAGGAACGUACAUCCCUCAGUACACCCCAGUGCCUCCCUCUAGUGUUACAUUAGAGGAAAACAGUGGACAACAGCAGCAGGUUUCCAUGGAGACGCCUUCGGAACACACUAAUUAUUCCUAUCAGCACAGCAAAUGAAGCUACGGUGCUCUACAGUUCUGUGGACAAUGGAAAUCUCUCGUGAGAUUUGCAGAUUUCCACAGAAGAGUAGCAGAGGGGAUACAGAUGACAAAAGGAGCUUGUAUCUUUUGUAGAACAGAGUCUGAGAAGGACGUCACUCAUCUUUUGUCCAACUCCUCUCUUCAGGUGUCACUCGGCCAACGGUGGGAGUCUGUGCAAAAGAGCUAUCCCUUCAUCUAUUUUGAUAACAAAACAGAAAAAGCAUAAAAAACAAAGAUAAUUCAGAAAAGGCUAAGGAAAACACAAUGUGUUCUUUUAUGCACGUAAUGGCAAAUUCUUAUUUUUAAGAACUAAUUCUUUAAUAUGGGAGGAUGAGAAAAGAGAAAGUAAAAACAUGUCUUUUAUUUUCUUUGUAAAAUAUGCAACCUUUUUAUUUUUUAGAUUUGUUCCUUUUUUUCUUCCGUCAGCAGCAGUAAGAUAUUUUUGUACAGAUUAAGAUGCAAACAGUGCAUUUUUUUUUUUGUGUGAUGUUCUGCUGAAGAAACCAUUUAAAGCCACUUCUUCAUGUCGCACCGUUUUAAGAAUCUAUAAAGAAAUAGUGAUAAAAUCACUCUAAUUCGAUCAUCACUUCUACGAAAGCAUUUGACAAUCCUUAAAUUAUUAUUUAUUGAAAAAAGUAUCUUUUUUGGUACAUACCAGGGCAAUAUACAGAUUUGUCUUUCAAGUUCAAAUGAACGAUUAGAUGCAGAAAUAGAUAGAAUAUCAGAUAUUGUGAGAUUAUCCGGAUAUUUUUGAUGCGCUUCAGCUUUUUUAAACAUAGUUUGAACCAGAUUUUUGUAGAAAUGUGUUUUAUGAGGGGCAUUUUAAAUCUAAUGAUUACCUGUGAAACAGUUUGUGCCUAACGUUACAGUGUUCAGGAUCAAUUCAUUUUUAUUUAAAAUAUGAAAAUGUAAAUUAAUCAUUUCUGUGUCCUCCCUUCAUACUUAAGCUAAAACGCAAUUUUUUGCCACCAAAUAUUUCAGGCUUCCAAAAGCGUUGGAAAUAUGCAUUGUAAUGUACAUAGUGUUUCAUAAAUAUUACUUUUAUUGGCUUACAGUACAAAAGUCUAGAGGAAGUGACAUUAAGUGGUUUGUUAGUAUCAAAAAUAUUUCAUAAAGUGAUGAUAACAUAUUGACUUGAUGAAGCUUUCAAUACAGGACGGUCAUAAAUCAGCAUAAAGCAGGUAUGUAAUCAAACUCAGAAGGGAAAGAUUCCCUGUUAUGUUGUUUUACUGCUAUGAAUCUAUUAAACACAUGCAGUGGAGCAAAAUAACAAUGACGGGAAGAAACUCAAGGCAUUUGCUAUGCAGUUUUAUUCAGUAUUUUGUCUCGUCACUAUACCUGAACGUACUAAAAGGAGACCCGGUCACGAUUUAUGAUUUAUGCUGCUCUGGCCGAUAUGGCAGACAUCUUGGACUUGUGUAGUGAUGGGCGAAACGCAGCUUCGUGAAGAUUUUCAAAACCCUAUGUGAAUCAUUUGUUUCGGACCAGUGAUUCGAAAAACGUAUGAAGCUGCCGAAGUCAUGUGAUUCCAGUCAACAAGGCUUCGUUACAUCACAAGUGUCUAAAAAUCUCCCUAAAUUUCGACGGUUUCAACAUUUAAAAAUAAGGAUUGUAGUUAGUAGUCACUAAUUGGUCUGAUUAACCAAGUUCUUAAACACAUUUAAUAAAAUAGCACAUAUUAUAAGGGCACUUCAUAUUUAAUGGUGUUCGAUAUUUCGAUAAUUGCAUUUAAUAGAUUAUAAAACCUUUUAAAAGUUUGUGUGCAUGUUUUGGCUGUGUUUUCGCUGUUCUGACCAGCAUUGUGUGGCGUUUCGAUUGAUUCAAACCAGUGAAUCAUUUUGUGAAUCAAUUGAUUCAAAGUUUAGAAAAGCUUUGUUUCUCCCAUCACUAGUCAUGUGAUCUUAAAUUAUUGGCCUAAUUGAGAGACCCUACUUACUGCAUGAGGAAAAACAGCGUAAUUUUUUUCAGAAAGUAAUAUUAAUUUCUUUAGUCGUCGUUUUUUGACGUUUAUUUGAACUAUGCCGAAUAUAUAUGUAUUAUAACCAAGGCUUGACAUGAACUUUUUUGCUCACCAACCCCUGUGUCUAGUGGUUUUCCAAAGUUACGAGCCUCUCAGCAUUUUCACUGGCCACAAUCUUGUCAUCGAUACCAUGGGGAAAACUGCCAUAUAGAUAUAUUUAAUAUUAUCUCAUAUUUUGGCAUUAGGAAUAUUAGGCUGCUGUCACUUUAAGACCUGACACGGAUCCAUUACACUGAUACACGUGGCUUUAUUUGUCAACUGCUUGCGUUCACUUAAAACCUAACUGACUGUUUACACGUGAAUACUCGCCGAGACCAGCAUUUUGACAUUAUUGUGUGUAUUUGACUGCAAUCAGCUCGGUUUAGUACUGAGAGGCGGCUUUAUGUGUUGGUUUGGUCUCAAAACCUGCGGGAAUGAGUCAAAUUAUGCGCAAUCCCAGCCCUGUAACACCAACAAUAUUUACCCGGAGAAAAUGAAACGAGUGAGUGAAGAGAGGCGGGUUUGUGUGUAACUCGCAGUCAGUAUCGUGUGUCUAGUUUAUUUUUUCAGACACCUUUUUAAAAGACAACAACUGAAAAAUGUAUAUAUUUAGUAUAAUAUUCAACCCGCCAUAGUGGCUACUAGUGACACCGCUGUUGAAAUACACACGUUGGGUCGGAGAGUCGCGGAUGUUCAUGUCAAGCUCUGAUUAAAGAAAAUACACAUGGUUCCAGAUAUAUUCUCUGAAAGCAAGUCUCAGUAUUUCGGCUGUUUAGAUAUAUCUUCAUGGGAAAACAAGACCACGACACUGAUGAACAAGCGUACGUUUGGUGGUCACGGCUUCAUCGGGUCGAGUGUUAUCAUGGCUUUGGUAGUGUGUAGAAAGCCUUCGCUGGUGCUGGGAUUACACGUGAAGCGCAGGAACAGCUAGGAUUCGGAUGAAGGAGGACAGAAGCAGUUUUUCAGUGGCGUUCUUCCUUCAUGCUGCUGGUUUUACCGUCCGAAUGAGAUUCGCUGUCCGGUCUUUAGAUGAUGAGGGUUCCUCCGCUCGUCUGUUUUCCUUUCUAAAUCCCUGAUUCAUAGGAUUUUUGGGGAAUUUGUUUGUGUGCAAAUGAAAAACAUUUUCUUGAGUUGCUUUCAUGUUCUUUGUGUCUUCUCUGUGCGGUUUGUUGUUGUACUUGAAAUGUACUGUCCUGGUCAAUCAUGAUGCACUUCUGAAAGAGUUUGAAUAUCCGAAAAUGAAAGCUUUGAUGUCACUGAUAAUCUAAAAAGAGUGUAUAUUUACUCAUGGUUCCACAUGAGUUGUUUUUGUACCUUGUACCUUUUUUUGUGUGGCUCUUCUAUAGGAUAUAAACACAAGGGCUUCUCUCACACUAAAGGCCUCGUGAUGCAGCUGUUACUUCUUCUUCUUCUUGGUGCUUCUACAUUUCAUGAACGUAAAGCCAUGAUCUUGAUCUGAAAACUGAGAAAAGAGACUCU